UCCCAGUUGAUAGAUGAGCAGGUCCUGUGUGUCCAUGGUGGUCUUUCACCUGACAUCAAGACGUUGGACCAGAUCCGCACCAUCGAACGCAACCAGGAGAUUCCCCACAAGGGAGCGUUCUGUGAUCUUGUGUGGUCCGAUCCAGAGGAUGUGGACACCUGGGCGAUCAGUCCGCGAGGUGCCGGCUGGCUGUUUGGCUCCAAGGUUACCAAUGAGUUUGUGCACAUCAACAAUCUGAAGCUCAUCUGCCGCGCACAUCAGCUGGUUCACGAAGGCUACAAGUUCAUGUUUGAUGAGAAGCUUGUGACCGUGUGGUCAGCUCCCAACUACUGCUACCGCUGUGGAAACAUUGCGUCCAUCAUGGUUUUCAAGGACGUCAACAGACGAGAGCCCAAGCUGUUCCGCGCCGUCCCCGACUCGGAGCGUGUCAUACCUCCCCGAACUACUACCCCCUACUUCCUCUAAUGACAAGAGCUGGUCCUCUCUCCUCUCCACCCUCUGGAGAUCUCAACUCUACAACCUAAUAACAUAUUUUAAGAUAUGAAUGGAAGUAACGUCUCUUUCAGGUCUAGAGCAUCUUGAGCCGCAAAGGGUUUCUUCUAAGGCUACAGUCAGUUUGCACCACACGCACUUGUUCUGUCGUUAAGAAAAACUAGCCCCAAUGAGAAAAUGAUACCUUUUAAAUUUCUUCAUAUUUUAAUGAUAAGAAAACGUUGAAUGGUUUGAGUUUAUGUACCCCACUGAAGCAAAUAAAACAUUUAAACUGGUGGUAAUUGCUAACAAUACAUGUUCAAAUAAAGUGAUAUAUAUAUUUUAUUUAUCAUUGUAGCAGUUUGGUGUCACGGUUGCCUUUUGAAAGAUUGGACUAGUUUUCUCCUUUUAGGACAAUCCUGUGUAACACCCCCCCCCCCCAUUUGGUCAACUUUUCUUUUCAAUGUUUUUAAAAACUGUUCUGUUGCUGCAGACAAUUUGUUUAAUGAUAGUUACAGAAAAAAUGUUUUACGUGAGAACAUUCUUUUGCAGUUAUCAGAAUUAACGAGAUAAUCUUCAGUGUGAAUGCCGAUUCAGCAUUCACACUAUUGUGAUCCAAAUCUUUAUUCUUUAAAUUCUUCCGUACAUUUUUUGGACUCAGUACGUCUGCGUACAUGCAGCUACAGAAACCAUAAUAUCAAAUAUAGUUUUCAUAUCAAUAUCAAGUCAUUUCUUUGAUGGCAUUUCUAUUACUAAUGCUUAUUUCUAUCAUGUACAUUUAAAGUUGAAUUGGGUUAGAAGACUUUGAGCUAUUAAUCUUGUGUUCAACUUUUCAGUAUCUCUUACAGUUUCUGAAAUAUCAGUUUACAAACCUUUUUAUGACUUUAUAAUGGGUGUGCAUUGCGCUACUUAGUCACAUGACCUGGGAUGUCACCAACUCUGAACCCCUCUGCGGUUCUCCUUUUUAUACCUCUGUGCUGGCAAUGCUUUCAGCCGUAGGCAUUAGGUUUACAUGUUGUACGGCUGUCCAGUCUCCACAAAUGUCCACCAGGCUCAAUGAUGAAAUGACUGGAUUUUGGUGGUCAAAGGUUAAGGUCACUGACCUCACGUCCGUCAGGAACGCCUUGAGGGAAUUUCUUUAAAUUUGGUGCAAACGUCCACUUUGGGUGCUUUUCCUUAUGCUAACGAAUCUUUGUUAAUCAUUUCCUAGUGUCCUCUCCUCAAGUCUUAGUCCCGUUCACCGGAGAUACAAGCAGAAGAGGCGAGGAAGGGACGCAAGGAGAUUCUGUCCAUUGUUUUGUUAUACUGCUGUGAUCUAUGAUCUCUGUUCAAAUAAACAAUGUACGGAUGUCUUACGCACAAACACACACACACACACACACUGGUUAUUGGUCAGUGCAACCAUUGGACACUUCACGAAGGAAUUAUUUCCUGCGUGGAGUGCGAGGCACUGUAAGUGAGGUAUUGCACAUAAAUAUGUCAGAAAUGAUGACAGCUAUGUGGCGCUAUGGAGCACGCUAAAUACACAUGAACUCAUUCGCUGUAUGUUUUCACAAUGUUCACAGGCGAUAUGAUCUGUGUGCUAAGUCUUGUGACUUUGAGUAUACCAAGGGCCACAGAAAUGCGUCUGAAUGCUAACAGUGAUGAGGGGGUUCUAUGGAGCGGACGACGUGCCCAUUCAAGACCAAUUACGACAUCAAAUCUAAAUAUUUACUAAUUUGAACAUUAGUGCAAAGUUCCAUGAAUUAUUUUGCAACCUAAAGUCCUCACACGUGUGAGCAUGUUUGUUAAAUGAAAAUGGACGUCAGCUCACAGUGGUGUGAGGCCAGCGUCCCUUAUGUCCAGGUCUUCAUUCACGACUGUCGACACACCUGGAGUUGACUGCUGGCAGCUGUCUGGUAGCGAUCAGACCUCCGGAGCAAACCAGAGUGUUUGGCUUUUCAUCUGGGAUCCAGGAGUCAAACAGGGCCAGGAUAGCAAUCACAACCAUGUUUCAGGUGUGGCCACGAUCCAUGGAAACAUGCAAGGGGAGAAAGCCAAGUUACCUGCAUUAAUGAGACAUGAUUUCAUACAGAAGGAGAGAGAGAGAGGAGGAGCUCAGUGUAUCCUAGGAAGUCCCCCAGCAAUCUGGGCCUAUAUCAUAACUAGAGCUGGUCCAAGGCAAACCUGAGCCAGCCCUAACUAUAGGCUUAAUCAAAGAGGAAAACCUCAAGUCUACUCUUAAAUGUGGAGAAGAUGUCUGCCUCCUGGACUGAAACUGGAAGCUGGUUCCACAGAAGAGAAGCUUGAUAGCUGUAGGCUCCGGUUCCCAUCCUACCUUUGGAGACUGUUGGAACCACAAGAAACCCUGAAUUUAGGGAGGGUGUUUAACCAUUAAGGGCUUUCUAGGUGAGGAGAAGGAUUUUACAUUAUCUUGUGGAUUUCACAGGGAGCCAGUGCAGAGACGUUAUACGGGGAAAUAUGAUCUCUUCCAUUGUUGGUACAACUGGACAGAGAUUUAUUGGAGCAGCCGGAUAAUAAGAAAUUGCAAUAACCUAGCUUGAAGUAACAAAAGUACCAAUAUUAGAUUGAUUUAAAAUAACUUGCUUACAAAGUUAAAUCUAUUGGGGAUAAUGAAAUUUGAGGAUUGAAUUUUGUAUGAUCUAAUUCACUUGAAGAACUGGAGAAAUCGAUUUGCUCGAUAUGAAUUAUGAAUAUUGAGGUUUAUGAAUUGCUCCCGUAAAGGAACAUUUUAUUUUGAUUCACUUUUGUGAAUAUCCAUGCUUCGUUAUUGCUCUGCCAAUAAAGCUUGACUAGUGGAACUACAAUUCAAUCUUGUCAUAUUUCACUAAUGUAACAAGGUUAUGGUUACUUAUUUCGAGAUAGGCGUUUUGUCAGCGGGGAAGCGUUUAUUUUGAAAAUGUUGACCCGGAAGUAGCUAGCCAGUUCUCGUGGAGCGGUGCCAGCCGCUGUCCUCGCCCUGCCUCCUCCAGCGUCCUACCUGUCACAGGACAGCGUCCUUUCAUACGGAGUAGCAUCCAGGCUUCAACCGACAGCAGUCCCGUGCACGCUUUCUGAGGGACACGGCUCGUUGGACGGCGGUCCGGUGUGAGACACACACAGUGAGAUGCCAAGAGAGGCGCGUUACACCCACAGAGCUCGUCGUGGCUUUUGCACAAAUUUGUGAGAAGCAUCACUGUGGUAACGUCCGGCUGUUCCUCACCGCUAGCCGGCUGGCGAGGUGUGAAAGGUCAGUGUCAUGACUGGAGCUGAGACUGAGGAUGAUAUUCCAUUAGGCGAAAGGAAGACUGUCACAGAUUUCUGCUAUCUCCUGGACAAGUCCAAACAACUCUUCAAUGGGCUAAGGUUAGUUUGUACUUCCUAUGUUGUCUCCUGUCUGCUGGACUUUUGUAAUCAAGCAUCGACUUCCAGUGAGUAGUUGUUGCAAUGCGCAGGAAUGAUAUGUAUUCAAUUGUGCAGCGCAAGAUGUUCGUCCAUUGCCAACUUUGGGUUUCAACAGAGGAAGUAGUGUGGCCUUUAUGUGAGGGUGUGGAGGUCAGGGUGGUGGUUGAGUGUGUAGAACAGGGGUCCCCAACUGGCAGACCGCGAUCCGGACCCAGACGCAGUUGCGUCAAGACCCAGGACCUAAAACCGAUAGAUAACUUGGAAUUAUACAUGUUAAACAGUGAGUCUAUACUUUAACCGGCGCAGUAUACAUAUACAUAUAUGUAUGUAUAUAUGUAUA